GCUAUGGUAAUCUUUUCCUAUAUCACAACACAACAUUUCCAGCCUUAACAAAAAGAAAGAAACUGUUCCCACUUUCUAGCAUUAUUAAUUUACUCUUCCUUCUUUCUUCUUGCUCUCUUUAUAUAUUCUUCUACUCUGCUACAACUGCAGCAAUGGCUAUUCCAGUUAUUGAUUUUUCCAAGCUUAAUGGAGAGGAGAGAGCUAAGACUCUCGCUCAGAUUGCCACUUGCUGUGAAGAAUGGGGAUUCUUUCAGUUGGUGAAUCAUGGUAUUUCUGUGGAGCUACUUGAGAAGGUGAAGAGAGUUAGUUCUGAAUGCUUCAAAAAGGAAAGAGAAGAGAAUUUCAAGAAGUCAACAGCAGUGAAAUUGCUGAAUGAAAUUGUGGAGAAUAAUAGCAGUGGAAAUGUUGACUGGGAAGAUGUCUUCCUUCUCACUGACGAUAAUGAAUGGCCCUCUAAUAUUCCUCAGUUCAGGGAAACAAUGGAAGAGUAUCGAUCAGAACUGAAGAAGUUAGCAGAGAGAGUCAUGGAAGUAAUGGACGAAAACUUAGGUUUAACAAAAGGGUACAUCAAAAAAGCCUUCAAUAAUAACAACGGAGAAGAAAACGCAUUUUUUGGGACUAAAAUCAGCCAUUAUCCACCUUGUCCUCAUCCAGAAAAAGUGAAUGGCCUAAGAGCACACACUGAUGCUGGAGGUGUAAUUUUACUCUAUCAAGAUGAUCAAGUAAAUGGUCUCCAAAUCCUCAAAGACGGCGAAUGGAUCGAUGUUCAGCCUGUUGAAAACGCCAUUGUUAUCAACACGGGUGAUCAAAUUGAGGUCCUUAGCAAUGGGAAAUAUAAGAGUGUUUGGCAUCGUGUUUUGGCUAAAGAAAUUGGGAAUAGGAGAUCUAUUGCUUCUUUUUACAACCCUUCUUUGAAAGCUACUAUUGCUCCAGCACCAGAGUUAAUUGUGGAGAAUAAUAGUAAUAAGGAUAAUAAGGAAGAAGUGGAAUUAAGUACUUAUCCAGCUUUUGUGUUUGGUGAUUACAUGAAUGUUUAUACUGAGCAGAAGUUUCUACCUAAAGAGCCAAGAUUCCGAGCUGUUAGAGCCAUGUGAUGAUCAAGAUUAAGGAGAACAUGGUUACCCAUUAAUUUAGCGUAAUUUUUAGUCUUUUAUUUUUUUACUGUGUGAAGUCAAUAGCAUUUUUCUCCUUUGUUUGAUUCGUGGGGCAUUGCUAUUUAUAUGGCUUGUCAAUCUUCAAUAGCAGUGCAUAAAAUUGUGUCUGCUUUAUUGGACUUUUUAGUGCUUUUGCUCUUCCCUUUCUUGGA